AUGCCAACGGGGCGCAAUACAUCCAUCACAGACGCCGCUGCCAUCGGUCCCACCAUCGCCACCGCCAUCAGUCCCACUGUCACCGCCGCCAUGUCGUCAUUUCAACGCGUCUUCGACAUCCCAGAGGUAGUGGACCUGCUCAUAUCGCAGCUUAACAAGCCAGAGGUAUCCAUCCUCCCGCGCACCAACAAGACGAUACGCCGGCACUGCACCCCCUGGCUCUAUAAGGCUCCGGAUUUCCGUCACGACAUUGAAUCCAUGGGCUGGAGAGGCAACAACGACCGCGAGCAGGAUCAUGAUGGCCUUGGUGUAAGUAGCGAUGGUUUGAUGGGGAUGCCCAGGAGACAGGAGCUGUUGGUCAAUCUAGAGACUUUGGCGCUAUGGGGCUUGAGCGACCAUGCAUAUGUGAGCAACAUCCUCUCGAUUCUUGGACACUGCCCCAAUAUCGUCAAGCUGGCCACCUUCGAUACCGACAACGAGCAAACGGCGUCGAUCAUUGCCGGGGCCAAGCACUUUGCGCGGCUGGAGAGACUCUAUUUGCAGGUUGGACGGUUGACACAGCUCCGAAUUCUGCAGUUACUGAUGGUCAAGCUUGACGGGGAAUAUCAGCUGGAGGGGACGUCCACCAAGGUCGAACAAGGUAUCUGGAACCACCUUGCCGGAUUGAAGAAGCUGGAGAGAAUCGCAGGAUCAAUUGAUAUCGACAAUGUGGAAACAAAAGUGACGUCGGAAUGGAGAAAAGCGGUUUGGAUGUAUGAGUAUUGGCCUCGUCUUCAGACCGCUUAUCUUUAG